GAGUUGUGUGUGAAAAGGCUCAAAGACGGCGGAGGGCUCGAAAAUCCUCUUUCCCGGCGACGGCAAAACAAGCUCGCGAAUCUCCUCUUCUGGCAACUCUUGGCAAGCCACGUAUAAGAGAAUCCAUUGACACUAAAGUAUCCUUUUACGUUCCGCAGUUGUGUCAAGCCCUCCAUCAUAUCUCUUCACCAAUUGUCCAAGUAGGGAAGUGCCUGCCAAGUCGGGAGCCCUGUUCAGAAUACGAGGCUCAUGCACCUACUAGACUACUAAAUCACGAUGCCACGCAUCGCCCUCUUUGUCAUCGACAUCCAACGCGAUCUCGCUCUCAACCCCCAAACGGAAAUUUCGGCCGCCGUCCGCAUUCUCGAUGCCGGAACUUCCAUCCUCGCUACCGCGCGUGCGAAGAUCGAAGCUGCACGAGACCAGAGCAAAGAUUCUGAUUUAACAAUCGUUUUCGUUCAGCAUGAAGAGAAACCGGAGGAUGGUGUGCUGAUUAAGGGAAGCGUGCCUUGGGAGCUGGUGUUCAAGCCGAUAGAAGGGGUGGCGGAGGAGAGGCUUGUUGCGAAGAAGCUGACGAACUUUGCGGGUGAUACGUUUGAAUCGAACCCAGAGCUCGCGGUGCAGCUCAAAGCGGACGGUGUAGAGGAGUUAGUGGCAUUUGGUAUACAGAGCGAGUGCUGUGUGAAGUCGACUUGUGAGGGGGCGAUGGCAGCGGGUUUCAAAGUCACUUUGCUCAGUGGGGCCCAUUCGACCUACAAUGGGAAAAGCAAGACUGCGGAAGAGAUCGAGAGGGAUGUAGAGAAGCACCUCAUCGACCAGGGUGCUAAAGCUAUUCCUUGGGAAGAU